AUGAACGUAUCAUUUCAGGAACUUUUAUUGAAAAAAAUAGGUCACAGUGAUUCCCCCAAAACCAAAAAGAAGCGCGUUACUAGAGGCGCCGAAAUUUUGACUUACAAUGAAGUAAUUGAUACAAUGGAAAAAGAACAAGAAGAGAAACAAAGGAAAGCAGAAGAGAAACAAGCCAGACAAAAGAGAAAAUUAAAGAAGAAGACUUUGACUAAGAAAAAGAAAACGAGAUAUGAAUCAGAUAGUAAUACUAGUGGUUCGUUUCAAAGUAACGAUUCGUCAGAGGACGACGACCCAGAAACUUUUUACAAAAGUUUGCUGGCAAAUAACUCAGAUAAUGAUUCUAUAUACCUUGAAGACAAUUUAUCCAAUGUUACAACUUUUGAAACUCCAAAGCGAGAAACAAGAAAUAAAAAUAUUAAUACAUACCAAAUAUCUAAACAAGGAACUAAGACAAAACAAACCCGAAAGAAAACAUGUCUAACAGAAAAAAAGAAUAAAAGUAGCAAAAGAGGAAGUUAUGUUCAGGAAGAAAGCCAGUGCGUAAUUUAUAAUAUGUUGGAAAGCGUAGCAUCCACUUCAAAACAAGAGUUUGUAUUCGUGCCAAAAGAAGGUGACUUCAUAUUAGCAAAAUUCAGCUCUGCUUUGGGAAAGAAAACCUACAACCUAUAA